UAGGCGUCUAGCAUCACUAUCACGAAGUCCGUCAAACAUGUAUAAGUCAACAUCCUCACACGAUAUCCAGCACUAGUACUUCCAUCAUGGACUCACCUUCGACAUACACAGAUUUCCUCAAUGGAAGUUAUGUUUUUCUUGCUACAAUGGUAGUCUUGGUUUAUGAUUUUGUGAUUCACGUUGACCACGAGAUUGCCUAUUGGGAAAGCCAAAAAGCGUCGCUCACAACAGUCUCAUAUGGGCUAUGCCAAGCACUCUCUCUUACCGCGUGCUGUGUCCGAAUCCCGAUUGUGUUCAUACCUACCAUGAAGAAGCUCAGUAACAUGGAAUGUACAAUUAUUGAUCAGAUCGAUCUCUGGAUUCUUGUGAUGGUGCUCGUGUGCGUUGAGUGUAUCUUUCUCAUUCGAACGUAUGCAUUGUGGGGUCAAACGAGGCGAAUUCUAUACGUUCUGGCUGGGAGCUACCUGGUAAUUCUUGCGGGGGCGUUUAGUUGCCUCGCAUUAUAUGGAGUCGCUAUUGAUAAAUUCGGAGGUUGUGAUUUACCUGCAAAUACACAACAGCCUCUGGUAGCAGGGUACAUACUCCUGGUCGUGCUAGAGAUAGAGGUCCUCGUGCUGUCUGUAUACAAGGCAUUACAACUGUAUCGUGCAAGUCGUGGAACGCUUUUAGUUUUGCUUGUACAGCACAACGUUGGAUAUUUUGCUGCUUGUCUUGCAUUAAACGGCCUCAACAUGAUAAGUGCGGUUGGAGUGGAAACUCAUGAUAAUGCAAUGAUGGAAGUGACACAGAUCAUCCUGCAAGCGUUACUUGCUACCCGGAUGCAGAUCGACCUUUGGAAAUCAGCCGGCGGACGGAGUAAUUCACCGACGGACGAGAUGACUUUAAUGGAAUUUGCUGAGGGACACAAUAUCAGGCAGGAGACUGAGUUGGUGAAUACAUGAUUGAUCAGGGUUUGAACGUCAAUGCUAUUUUACUUGUACUUAUUGACUUAAUAUUUAUGACAAUAACAGAGCGGGGAGUAUGGUUAUCCCUUCCC